CAUUUUUGUGGUUUCUGCGCGAUACGUGAACUAGUGAGGAACACAAUGUGGUCCUUUGUAUCCCUAUUUUCAUUUUUUAUUCUUGUUGUGUUUGACCAGUGCAAUAGCCAGUUUGGCGUGCCGAUUAACCAUGGCGUAGACAGACGUUUGGAAAAAAUGGGGCAAGCAUCAAUCGGAAAUUUCGAGAUAGAAGACGGUAUUGUGACACUGGAUGUUGUAGUUGAGGAUACGGAAGGCCAGGAUGAGUUAUGGAUACUGGAUUUCCAACCGUACAACAUGUUGGAAAGCGAAAAUGCCUUUCCAGUUGUAGCCCGCCACGGAGGUUAUCUCUUGGCGAAUAAUACGGGUCCAUGCUCUAGUGUAUUUGCAAGCGAGUCGUUAAUAAAUAACGAUUUUUACGACGACUCGUUCCGCCCCGGAUCGCCUGGUGGCAAGAAUCUAUUCACUAGCUAUUCAGCCGGAGCAGCAUACGCAACUAAAUCACCGGGUGAUUCGGUGAAGCUUAGAGACGACACAUAUUCUUUUUCUGGCCCGAUGAAUACUCUUUUCGAAUGUGUCGACAGUAAUGGCGACACCGUUUGGCAACAGUCGGUUUUCCCCGAGUCUAUUCAACUGAAUACAACCCUUUAUAUGACUAAUGUACGGCCAAAAUACGAUGACGGCAACGUCCUACCGACUUACACCCAGAACCAUGCAGUUCUGUAUUGGACAUUGAUGCGUAUCGCCAUAUCAAGGUUUCUUAUUAGCUCAACUGAGAGACUUCGACCUAUAUUCGAGUAUGCCGUCGUGAAACCAGUUUUCAUUAACGCUGACGAAUCGCAAGGUUUGGACAGGUCCCGUGCCGAGGUUGAGCUAGUGUUCCGUACAGUGACGGACUCCGAUGGGUACCUUAUAUCGGUCUACAAACCAUUGUCACUGGAGUACACCCCUGUCAAUUUAGACAACGGGCUGAGCUAUGUUUCGAUUAUACCAGACAACGGCUGUUCUGAUCCACUAGGCAUGGAAUCUAAUGCCAUCCCAAACUCGGAUAUAAGUGCUAGUACAUUCCUUCAAGACAAUCCACCACACAACGCCCGACUAAACGGCCUUUCAGCCUGGAGUCCAUCUGGCGUAGGUGAUCAGUACAUCGAGGUUAGUUUUUCCGACUUCACAACGGUAACUGGACUCGUCACACAAGGAUUUGCCGUUUCUGAACUUGUUUCCGCAUAUAUUAAAACCUACAAAGUACAAUACAGCUUUAGUAUUCCAAUCUUUACAUUCAUUACAGAUUCCAAUAAUGAGGAAAUAAUUUUCAAUGGCAACUUUGACGCAGGUACACCUGUGCCAAACUACUUCGCCGAUCCAGUUACAGUACGUGCUAUCAGGAUUGUUCCGGACACCGUUGAAAACUUUGCAAUGUUACGAUUCGAGAUUCUGGGUUGCUACCGAAUAUUGCCUGCUAACAAUAAAGUAAUGACGGCACCAUCAUGCGAUUUUACCGAGUACUCGGGCAGGUGUACACAGCGAUGGACUUUUGGUGUUGUAUUGUAUGUGGAUGUACCGUUGUCGGCGGACAGUUCUCAGCCACUCGACGCUACAGGUGAAUUCGAAUUCAAAUUUCUAACGUACACUUGCCCUGACAUUCGAUCUGGCGUUAAGGCCACCUGCGAAGCACUUGAUAUCCCAGAUGCGAUAAUUUCGAACCUUGUAUCCCUCCAGUCGGUUGUUGACAUAGAGGAUGGCGACAUUGAUACACCCAGAGUAUUACUAAAGAGGCUGUAUGGAUCUUUGAACCCGAACACUGAUCUAAGAGAAGGCUUCGCCCCUGGCGUAUCUCAUCUGGAGACUGUCUACGUGGAAAGUCACUUUUUUCCCGAGGUUCUAAGACAACAAUUAGAGCUUGAGCUUACAUUGUUUAUGGUUUGCAUUGGAGAUGAAUACGAAACUAAUGAUAUGGGCUGUUUAGCUGCUCCCGAAAAUGACAGAUACUCGGCCUACAUAGCAGAAGACUUCUUUUUUGAAAAAGACAACAGCGUGUACACGCCGUCAAUCAUAGAAGAGGCCUUGCAGACGCUCGAAUCUCAUACUUAUGAUCAUUCCAAUGAAAAACACGUGACCACCUUUGUGAAUAGAGCAUUGUCGGGACAGGCUAGAAACUACACCAUUACGAACGUCUUCAAAUUGACGCAAACAGUAAACACCAGACGCAAGAGGGCUGUGCGUCGGGACGUCUUAGCCAGCACCUCAUCUUCGUCAAAUAUGAACUUCAGGAUGGUAUUCAGAGGUUGUCCAGAAGGUUCGACGCACAACAUGGAUACUCUCGACUGCGUCUGUAAUAAUCCAGCUGAAGUAUACUCCGAUGUCAUUUUCGAGUGUGUUAACAUUGAAUCUGAAGAGGAGACAAACCAGAUUCCGAAUAGGCCUAUAAUUACUGUGGAUCUGGAGGUCAACAACGGCUCACAAGAAGUUGGACUGAUUGCGUCACUUAUGCUGGCAGCAUUUCUAAUAACGAUCAUUAUCACGUAGUGCAAAAAACAUUCACAUAGUGCAAAAGAUAUUUAUAAUUAAUAUUCAUAUGAAUUCAGUGAGUUUUGUAAACUGUCAAAUGUAAAUACAAUUUAUACAUCUGCCUUCGUA